AACGUUUUUAGUAGGUAUAAUUACUAUUAGUUUUGUUUUGUAAUUUGUUUUAUGUUGUCCUAUAUUACUUGCUCUGUGAUGUUUAUUGUAUCGUACGAGUACAAUCUUUGAGGUGUAAAACUUUCCUGAACGUGACAUGAAAAUUGUGGCGACGCACUACGCAGUACUGCCAUUCAUCAAAAACAUUGAAUUGAACAUACGUUGUACAAAUAACUUGGAAAUAAUUGCAUUGAUUUAUUUUUUAUUAAGUACUUAAAUAUAAGUACCGUCUAAACAUGAGCCCGCGUAGGAAGAAAACUAAAUUACAAGCUCCAGCAACGGUAAGAGUAAAGCGCGAACGAGAAUCUAUAACUGAGGGGUCGAAUAAACGUAGGAAAAGUGAUACUACAAUAGAAGACGAAGAGAAGAAAAUUAAGAGGAGGAAAAACUUUGUAACAGCAUGUGAACAAGUUUCUCUCAAAGAAUAUAUCAACUAUACUAAAAGAUUCAGCUUACUUCAUUUUCCCAAAUGCUCUAAUUCUUCUAUGUGUACUCAUCACAACUUGCCAAACACUACAAAUGUUAUGCCAAUACCAGCAAGAAUUGAGGAAGCGUUUAAGAUUGAAAUGAAAACAAACACAUGGUGUGAGGCUCUGGAAGUUUGUUUCCUCUCAAUUAACCCCUCACAGUAUUUAUCAGCUACUGUGUUAAAGGAUGUAGUUGAAAUCAUGAUGAAUGCUCAUGAAGAUACUACAUCUACCUACACAAUGUCGAAUCUCUUAGACCAAUGUCAGCAAGUACUAUCAUUGAACUUCAAUAUGCACCCACCUUGCAUGGUAAAAAGCAUACGAAAAUGCUAUUUAAAAUUCCUAACAUCUCCUAUGGAUUUAAAAGACAACACAUUUACAAAUAGAUCUGAGUUUAACUGUGAUAAAGGUAUAAUUAAGUACUGUUUCAAUAGAUUGGAACAUGAAUUAUCUAUAGAGAGUAAAGAUGAAGCUUUGGUUGAUAAGUUUGAAAACACACCAGAUGAAAUGAAGCAAAGCGUACAAGGCUUGCACUGGCAAAAGGAAAAGUUUGAAAUAUUUGAAUUGUUGAAGAGAUCUGAUAGAAUAGAACGACUUAUGUCUGUAUUGGAAACUAUAAUAGAAUUGUUACAGUUUGAUUUGGCUAUAUGGCACUCCAGAUAUACUAAUAAUCUAGGAAAUCACAUAAUGAGGUCUCAUAGGCCCCUCAUGGCUCACAUUCUAUGGUCUGCAAAUAUUCUAUAUACAGGUGCAGUGAACAUUAAUUGUAGACAAAUAUUAAGGAUAUUUGUAUAUUUUAUUCAUCUACAAUACCCAGAGAAUCAUAUAAGAAUAAUGACUUUAUGGUUGAACACUAUGAUACAGACUUUCUAUUUAUGUGAAACUAAUUCAAACAGUAACUAUCCAAAUACUGGGAAAUACUGUAAUAACUUUGCCAAUGAGUUAUACAAAUUAAUUUCAGAAAUGCCUUCACCAACCAUUCUAAGAGUAUUAGAGAGAAUCAAACCCACAUUCAUGAGAUAUUUAGUGAGCAAACAAUAUUUGAAUACCAUAUUAUCAACAGAUGAAGAAGAAAUUAUAAAAGUAUUCAUAAAUUUUAUUGAAAGAUCGGAAUGGGAAAAUUUUCCGGAAUCUGAAGAGACGCCUCAAAUACCAAAAACUUUGAAAGUUCCACAUAUAAAGCCUAAUAAGUUGCUAUCUUAUCUUUCAAAGACAUUGAUUAAAACAGCACAAUUAAAUCUUCAUAAAAAGAGUGAUUCUAAGGUUCUGUAUCCCAAAUUUAUACCUGUAGAAGAUAAAAUUAAAGAUAUUAUUGAUCAAAAAUAUGUAUAUUUGUUGAUUUUUAUAACAUUUCAUGCUUAUUUAGAUGCUUUUAGUGUUCAAGAAGUGCAACAAACAUUAGAUACAUUAAAUGAACAGUUAGAUCAAAACAUACCAGAUACUUAUAAAAAAAUUAACAUUGAACUUAUUUCAUACUCAGUCAGCGAGGAUUUUAUUAAAAAAUACAGAUCAAUAUAUCAAAUGUUAAAAGAUCUAAUAUUAUUAUUGCAAAAGAAGAAAGGCCAAAUUCCUGUUCAAAUAAUUACACUUUUUGAAGCAAUACCCUUGCUGGGUUUGUAAUUUUGAUCACUAUGUGUAUCUAAAUUGUUUUGUAUAGGAAUAACCUUUGUUACCUCAUGGAUAUUUUGUUUCCUUAUUUUUACUAUUUUGCUAUUACAUGUGAUUAUGUGGUUGAUUUCAAAGAAUUUGUUGUAUUUUAAAUAAAAAAAAUAACUUAA